AUGAGGAGCGCCAUCUGGGUCUCCCUCCUGGCCGCGGUGGUCUCGGCCGCCGACGAGCCCGAGUACGAGACCUACGACUACAUCGUCGUAGGCAGCGGGCCCGGUGGCGGGCCCCUGGCCGCCAACCUCGCACGCGCCGGCUACUCGACCCUGCUCGUCGAGGCCGGCGACGACCACGGCUCCCUGUCGGUGUACAACGAGCUGUCCAACUUCAACGUCGCCGGCAACGACGAGCGCUCGCGCUGGGACUUUUUCGUCAAGCACUCGGACGACCCCGAGAGGGAGCUCAAGUACGAGCGCUUGACGGCCGCUACCCUCGGCGGCUGCGCCAUGCACAAUGCCGGCGUGUGCUCGCUCCCUUCGGCGGACGAGUGGAACUGGAUCGCCGAGAUCACGGGCGAUGCCACCUGGGAGUCGGAUAAUAUGAGAAAGUACCUCAUCCAGACGGAGAAGAACUUGUACAUGCCCGAGGGCUCCGAAGGUCACGGAUGGAUGUCCAUCUCCACCAGCGACUCCUCGUGGGCCGCCUCCGGCGACUGGCCCGCCAACAGCAUCCUCGCCGAGCUCGCCGAGCUCACGGACCAAGACCCCGAGCAAGUCGCCGACCUCGUCAACAAGGACAUCCUCACCCCCGGCGAGGACCACCUCUCGAGCUUCUACAACAUGGCCCAGCACGGCGACGCCCGCGGCCGCCGCUCCAGCCCCAACAACUACAUCAAGGCCACCCUCGCCGACGAGGCCAACUACCCCCUCACCCUCGCCCUCAACACCCUCGUGACCAAGGUGCUCUUCGACGAAGACGCCGAGACCCCCACCGCCAUCGGCACCACCACCCGCUUCUACGCCCGCCGCGAGGUCAUCGUCUCCGGCGGCGCCUUCAACAGCCCCCAGAUCCUCAAGCUCAGCGGCAUCGGCCCCGCCGCCGAGCUCGAGGAGUUCGACAUCCCCGUCGUCGUCGACCUCCCCGGCGUCGGCGAGAACCUCGGUGACAACUACGAGGGCAGCGUCGUCGCCCUCGGCCAGGCCCCCACCGGCGGCUCCCGCAUCACCGGCUUCUGGCCCGGUUUCCCCGACGACUACGGUGCCAACCAGUACAGCUGCGCCAUGGUCCACACCAACCCCAAGUCCCAGGCCGGCUCCGUCCGCCUCGUCAGCGCCGACCCCCAGGACGCCCCCGACGUCAACUUCCGCUUCUUCGAGCACGAGGGUGACCAGGAUCUCCUCGAGCUCGUCGAGGCCGCCAACCUCCUCCGCGAGUCUUGGCAGGUCGCCGGCGACGAGGUCCUCCCCUACGACGAGAUGCACCCUUGCCCCGGCACCAGCGCCGGCAACUGCACCAUUGCCGAGCAGGCCGACAUGAUCAAGCACCAGGCCUACUCCCACCACGCCACCUCCACCUGCGCCAUCGGCGCCGACGACGACGUCAACGCCGUCCUUGACUCCAAGUUUAGGGUCCGCGGCGUCAAGAACCUCAGGGCCACCGAGGAGAUUGUCGCCGACGCCGUCAAGGCCGACGAGGCCAGCGAGCCCAAGCCCAAGUGCAAGCGCCACAUCAAGUAG